AUGGCCAACGAGCCGAUCAUCCUCAACGUCUAUGAUAUGGUGGAGCCCAGCACUAAGCUGUUCCCAGCAGUCUUUGCCAAGGCCACCAGCCCCAAUGUCUUCCAGUUUGAACUGGGCCGUAUUAAGAAUGUGAUGCCUCUGUCAGCUGGUCUGUUUAAGAGUGAGAGGAAGAACCCAGUUCCUCAGUGUCCUCCACGACUGCAUGUCCAGUUUCUCACUCCUGUGUUAUGGAGUCGAGUUCCCAACCACUUCCUCAAGGUGUCAGCAUCCAGAGUGAAUGACAGACACGGCUGGCUAGUCCAGUGUAGCAAACCUAUGCAGUUCAUGUCCCUGCAUAUACCUGAGGAGAACAAGUCGGUGGAUAUCCUGGAGCUGUCCGAGCAGAGGGAUCUAUUAAAGUUUCACUACCAUACCCUCAGACUGUACUCGGCCAUCUGUGCUCUGGGAAACAACAGGGUGGCACACGCCCUCUGCUCCCACGUAGAUGAGGCACAGCUCCUGCAGGCUAUAGAGAAUAAGUACAUGCCAGGUUUGCUCCGUGCGGGUUACUAUGACCUGCUCAUCGACAUCCACCUGAGCAGCUACACCACGGCGCGCCUCAUGAUGAACAAUGAGUACAUCGUUCCAAUGACAGACGAAACCAAGAGCAUCACCCUGUUUCCAGACGAGAAGAAGAAGCACGGUCUGCCAGGCAUCGGCCUCAGCACCUCCCUGAGACCCAGAAUGCACUUCUCCUCCCCAAGCUUUGUGUGUGGGACCGGACCAUCACAUUGUACCUACGGAAACACCGGAUCAGGAGACUGUUUCCAGUAUAGCCCUGAAUUCCCUUUAGACAUAUUGAAAAUUAAAACUAUUGAGAUGCUAACAGAGGCCGUGCGGGAAGGAAGCAUGCACGUACGGGAUCCAAUCGGAGGCACCACUGAGUUCCUCUUUGUCCCGCUCAUCAAGCUCUUCUACACCCUGCUCAUCAUGGGGGUUUUUCAAAGCGAAGAUCUGAAGAACAUCCUCAGGCUGAUUGAACCAGCUGUGUUCUCUGAAAGACGGGAAGGGCAGGAGGACAUGGAGCUGGAGGUGGUGAAGGAGGGGGAAGGAGAGGAUGGAGGGAGGAGCAUGCCAAAAGAAGGACUGCUACAGAUGAAGCUACCAGAGCCUGUAAAACUCCAGAUGUGCCAUGUGCUGCAGUACCUGUGUGACUGCCAGGUGCGUCAUCGUAUCGAGGCGGUGGUGGCUUUCUCUGAUGACUUUGUGGCCUGUCUCCAAGACAACCAGAGGUUCCGCUACAAUGAGGUGAUGCUGGCACUCAACAUGUCUGCAGCCCUCACUGCCAAGAAGACCAAAGAGUUCAGAUCUCCUCCUCAGGAACAGAUCAACAUGCUUCUGAACUUCAAGGAUGAGAAGCAGGAGUGUCCCUGUCCUGAAUACAUCAGAGAACAGCUGCUGGACUUUCAUGAAGACCUGAUGAGACACUGUGGUAAAGAAUUGGAUGACGAGACAGGGAUAAAUGCUGAAAGUGACUUCACCAUCCGGGGUCGGCUCAUGUCGUUGGUGGAGAAAGUGGCCUACCUGAAGAAGAAGAUGGCCAACCUGCCAGAGGAGAAAAAAGAAAGGAAACCCAGUACACUACAGCAGCUGAUCUCAGACACCAUGGUCCGCUGGGCUCAGGAGUCGGUGAUCGAGGAUCCAGAGCUAGUCAGAGCCAUGUUUGUCCUGCUGCACCGGCAGUAUGAUGGUAUCGGAGGACAGGUGCGGGCGCUCCCUAAGACCUACACCAUAAACUCAGUGUCCAUCGAGGACACCAUCAACCUGUUGGCAGCUCUGGGGCAGAUCAGAUCUCUGCUGAGUGUCCGUAUGGGCAGAGAGGAGGAGAAGCUGAUGAUCAGAGGGCUGGGUGACAUCAUGAACAACAAGGUGUUCUACCAGCACCCUAACCUGAUGAGAGCUCUGGGGAUGCACGAGACCGUCAUGGAGGUCAUGGUCAACGUGCUCAGCGGAGGAGACUCCAAGGAAAUCACCUUUCCUAAAAUGGUGGCCAACUGUUGUCGUUUCCUCUGUUACUUCUGUCGCAUCAGCCGGCAGAACCAGAAGGCCAUGUUUGAUCACCUCAGCUACCUGCUGGAGAACAGCAGCGUAGGCCUCGCCUCUCCUUCUAUGCGAGGGUCUACUCCUCUGGAUGUGGCCGCAGCAUCAGUCAUGGAUAAUAAUGAACUGGCCCUGGCUUUGAGAGAGCCAGACCUGGAGAAGGUGGUGCAGUACCUGGCCGGCUGUGGGCUGCAGAGCUGCUUGAUGCUGGUGCGUAACGGAUACCCUGACAUCGGCUGGAACCCUGUGGAGGGGGAACGCUACCUAGACUUCCUCCGCUUCGCUGUCUUCUGUAACGGUGAAAGUGUGGAGGAGAAUGCCAACGUUGUGGUGAGGCUUCUGAUUCGCCGACCAGAAUGUUUUGGUCCCGCCCUUCGAGGAGAAGGAGGUGAUGGGUUGUUGGCAGUGAUGGAGGAAGCCAUCAAGAUAUCUCAGGAUCUCUCCAGAGACGGUCCUUCUCCUACAUCUGAGAGCAGCAAGUCACUUGACAUGCUGGAGGAAGAGGAAGAUGAUACAAUCCACAUGGGGAAUGCCAUCAUGACCUUCUAUGCUGCUCUCAUUGACCUGCUGGGCCGCUGUGCUCCAGAGAUGCAUUUAAUCCAUGCUGGUAAAGGUGAAGCAAUCCGUAUCAGAGCCAUCCUGAGGUCUUUGAUUCCCAUCGAGGACCUGGUGGGGGUCAUCAGUAUUCCAUUUUCAAUGCCCAACCUGGCUAAAGAUGGGCAUGUGGUGGAGCCAGACAUGUCGGCUGGUUUCUGUCCAGACCAUAAAGCAGCCAUGGUCCUGUUCCUGGACCGAGUUUAUGGUAUAGAGGAUCAAAACUUCCUGCUGCACCUGCUGGAGGUCUGCUUCUUACCAGACCUGAGAGCUGCUGCCUCUCUGGACACUGUUGCUCUCAGUGCCACAGACAUGGCCCUGGCCCUCAACAGGUAUCUGUGCACAGCCGUGUUGCCCCUCCUCACUAAAUGUGCUCCUCUAUUUGCGGGAACGGAGCCGUUCGCCUCGCUCAUCGACUCCCUCCUCCACACAGUCUACCGCCUGUCCAAAGGCUGCUGCCUCACCAAGGCCCAGAGGGACGCCAUAGAGGAGUGUCUGCUGGCUGCCUGCGGAAAGCUGAGGCCUUCGAUGAUGCAGCAUCUGCUGAGGAGGCUGGUGUUUGACGUUCCUCUGCUCAAUGAACACACCAAGAUGCCUCUGAAGCUGUUGACCAAUCACUACGAGCGUUGUUGGAAGUAUUACUGCCUGGCGGGGGGCUGGGGCAGCUUCGGAGCGGCAUCAGAUGAAGAGCUCCACCUCUCCAGGAAACUCUUCUGGGGAAUUUUUGAUGCUCUGUCUCUCAAGCGGUAUGACCAGGAGCUGUUUAAGCUGGCGCUGCCGUGUCUUAGUGCGGUGGCUGGAGCUCUCCCACCCGACUACAUGGAGUCUAACUACAUGGCCAUGAUGGAGAAACAGUCGUCCAUGGAUUCAGAGGGAAACUUCACCCCACAGCCUGCAGACACCACCAGUGUGACUGUCCCAGAGAAACUUGACUAUUUCAUAACCAGAUAUGCAGAGCACAACCAUGAGAAGUGGUGUAUAGAAAGGUUUUCCAAUGGCUGGUCAUAUGCGGAACAGAUAUGUGAAAUCUCCAAGAGCCACCCUUUACUGAAACCUUACAAAGGCAUUUCUGAGAAGGAUAAAGAGGCGUACUGCUGUUCAGUCAGAGAGUCUCUGAAGACCAUGCUGUCGUGGGGCUGGAGCAUCGACAGGAUCAGAGAAGGAGACCCUGCCAGCCUGCACAAUAAGUCCAGGAGGAUAUCACAGGCCAGCCAGCUGUCUUUUGAAGGAGCUCCAGCUUUCAGCCCCAGGCCCAUCGAUAUGAGCAAUGUGACACUGUCCAGAGACAUGCAGGCUAUGGCAGAGCUGCUUGCAGAGAAUUAUCAUAAUAUCUGGGCCAGGAAAAAGAAAAUGGAGCUGGAAGCCAAAGAGGUGCAGUGUCCAGCGAGGUAUUGGAUGUCGCGCGGCCACUCCUAUGAAGAGCAGAGUGUGUGGAACCCGAAGUACUGCGUGGUUGGUGACGGUCAGAUGCUGCUACUGAACGAGGAGGAGGUGGGUAUGUGUAGCAGUAAGAAACCGCUUCCUUUCCAAAACUUCCUGUACCGUGGUCCGGGACACUGCUAUGGGGGCAAGCCACCGCCCGUAACACGCCGGUUCGAUUCGGCAGCCCUUGUCCUGGAAGUACAGGCAACUAAGCGGCCGGCGUUAGCUUGUGACCACCGCUGUCGGCGCUCUACUCGGCGGCGCAGACACAGCAGACCCCGGAGUUGUUGCCGCCAUCGACGCCUUAGCCUCGGGACGCGGCACAGUGCGACCCGGGCCACCGCCGUUCUUCGGUGCUCUCGCUCGGUGUGGGGCGACAAGUCGACCCGAGCGGUUGCCUCGGAGUGGGCACCAAGAAGCAAAGUAGACGGGUCCGACGGUUCGGCCGUUCCGCUUACAGGCGAGGGGGGCCUUCUUGUUGGUCGAAGCGGGGGACAGAGUUUCAUACCUGAAGAGUCCGGGCACAGGUUGCGCGACGAAGGUCCGAAACCUGGCAGGGGACUCGGAUUUUUCACCGGUUCCUCUGGAGGUCUAGAGCGAUUACUCCCCUUCUUUGAACGGGGUUCGUCGCUCCCUACUUCUUCCGGGUCGAAGAGGGUCGAUAAAGUCCUCUACGACCUGUUCGCCAGCCAGGUAGCACCUUACUCUGGCGGGAAAGGUCGUUGUCCGUCGGGUUUAGGUCCCGCACGGAGGAGAAACCUGAUUUACUGCCAGUACUCUUCGAGCCGGAACGAGGGUGUCUACGGCGGGUACCUCGGCGACCACCGUCGGGAUUGGAGAGUUGGGAGGUGGCGCCGGACCGAAGCCCGUCGGCUCGUCGCUUUGGGUCCGAUGGCCGUUUCCGCCAUUGCCGACGGUCAGUCCCGGUUACUCGGCUGCUCGGGAUAUUUUCGGCGUCGAAACAGGCGGUUCCCGCGAGUUGCAGAGGGAGCGACGCGACUGGCGGAUGGUCCGCCUCGAGACGCUCCUGUACUGCUUGUUUGGGACUCGGGAAACGGCAGCCACCCCUGCUUUAGCGUCGGCUAG